AUGAGCCCUUCACUCUGGCUUGUAUUCCCUGAGCGCCUCCGCCUGCAGGCCUUUCUUUCCUUGCGCCUCCGCGUGCAGGCCUUCACUCUGCUUUCGGAACCCGCGUUCCUUCCUGCCACAUCGCCGUCCAUUUUACUCACGUUAUUCUCGCCCCUGCCAGUUCCCAGUAGUGUUGGAGGUGUUUUGUCAGACCAUGGCCUCAUUAUGUGUUCCCUCUGUCCGGUGUUUUCUGUGUGCCCCACGUCUCCUGUGUGCCCCGUGUUUUCUGUGUGCCCCGUGUUUUCUGUGUGCCCCGUGUCUUCUGAGACGGAGGAGCUUAUAGCGGACAUGUUGGGGGUGGAGGUGUUCCGCCAGACCAUCUCGGCCCACUGCGCUUCCUGCCUCUUGCUCCGUUCCUCCUCAUGCUGCAUUGCUCUGCCUCAUACGACAUUCCUCCCUCUGCCUCCCUCUACCUCAUGCUACCACCACCAGGAGACGGAGGAGCUCAUAGCAGACGUGUUGGGGGUGGAGGUGUUUCGUCAGACCAUCGCCGGCAACAUCCUCGUCGGCAGCUACUGUGUCUUCACCAACCGGGGCGGCCUGGUGCACCCGCAAACAUCAGUGGAAGAUCUCGAUGAGCUGUCAUCGCUGCUACAAGUGCCGCUGGUGGCCGGCACAGUGAACCGCGGCAGUGAGGUGGUGGGGGCGGGGCUCGUGGCGAAUGACUGGGCGGCAUUUGCAGGGUUUGACACGACAGCCACGGAGCUGUCGGUGAUUGACAGCGUGUUCAAGCUGAGGGAGAGCGUGGCUCCCAGCGUGGUGCAUGAGAUGCGCGCCUCCCUCAUUGACACUCUUGUAUGA